ACCUGCGAAACUGAAAGCUGCUAACUUCCUCUUUUACAAAUUUGCUUGUACUUUUGGGGACGUAUGUACACCGCUCCUCACCGCUUCAAGCUUCACCCGACGACAAUGCCUACCCGCUACCGCCUGAGAAUCCACUGUCCCGUGUCAGGUUGCGAGAACAAGGACAUCUCUGGAUGGAGCUGCGCGCAAGACAACGGUGCUGUGUACGUCGACGAGGACGGUUAUCUGUCCUGUGAGUCUUACAGUCACCGUGCCGAAAUAGUCUACUGGAAGUUUGACUGUGGCUUGAGGGGCCGGGGGAGCCAGCACAACUACGAGAGAUAUCAGUAUGCAGAUUAUGAAGGAUUCAACCAUGCCAUGGCCAUCGGCCUAAGUCAACUGAAAGAAGCUGGAGCGAAAUGGGCCACCAAACUCAUUCAGAACCUCGAAAAACAAUAUACGUAUGUCUCAAUAAAUAGAAAAAACAGUCAAAUUAAAUUCGUCAAGCUUAAAUCCUACAGCAUGUCUGGACCGAUGGUCUAUGUCACCACUAAAACCUACGACGUCGCCACCAAACGGUGGGGUGAGCGGCCGACCAUCCUGUCCAUGGACGACCGUCCGUUCGCAGAAGGCGGCAUGCGGAAAGCCUACAGCGCCAAGGACUGGGGCCUGCUCAAGUCGUCUUGUCACCCUAAGGUGGUGAAGCUGCAGCUGCACAAAAGCUACACCAAGGCCGAGGCCGAGGCAGACGUCAAGAUGCAGAUGAAAUGCGUGGUUCUUGCUGAAGAGUACAACAGCUACAGCUGCAUACCUAAGAAGGUAUCGUUCUGCAGCGCCCAGCUGGUCCAGUUCCAAGCCGGGCCGCACGCGGGUCAGUACGGGCUGCUGGAGGACUACCUCCCGGGCACGUUCGAGAAACACAACCUCAACUUCCCCAUGGCUCCGCUGUCCGCCCGCAACACCCCGCAGGCCUUCUCACACUUCACGUUCGAGCGGACUAACGGCAGGAUGGUGGUGUGUGACGUACAGGGGGUGGGGGACAGGUACACAGACCCGCAGAUCCACUGCAUGGAUGACGAUCUGCAGUACGGCCAGGGGAACUUUGGUGCGCACGGGAUUAUCUCAUUCGUCAGGAACCACAGGUGUAACUCCAUCUGCCGCGCCCUGAAGCUCACCCCGAUCAACCAGUUACCGCACAACUGGGGCUCCCCGGCCGGCAAGGUAGCUACAGCACCCGUCCCGCGGUACUACUGAGGGCCGGUGUUCUGAAAAUUCUGGUCAGGGUGAAAAAAAUCAGUCCGGGCCUAAAAGUACGAAGGCCCAUAUA